GAGGAGGAUAGUCCGGGCUCUGUCUCCCCCUCCCUGCCCUCCAGGCGGCGGAAGUCUGGCUCUGUGUCUCCCCAAACAUCCGCCAUCCUCCAGGAGCUGAGAGCCCCGGGCCCCCGCCAUGGCCGCCGUGCAGUGUGAGUAGAGCAGGUUCCCGGCCCCCAGCACCCCGGAAUCUGAGUGUUCUAUCAGCGGAUACAAUGUAACAAUGCAUGGAACGUUCAGCCAGCGGGCAGCUCCCGGCAUGCACCCCGGCAGGGAGGGGGAGGGGGGCACAUCACUGGGGACCCCCAGUAUACCGUGUGUGCAUUAUCAUAGGGACCCCCGAUAUACAGAGUGUGCAUGGUGACCCCAAUAUACAGAGUGUGCAUAAUCAUAGGGGCCCCCAAUAUACAGAGUGUGCAUGGUGACCCCAAUAUACAGAGUGUGCAUAAUCAUAGGGACCCCCAAUAUACAGAGUGUGCAUGGUGACCCCAAUAUACAGAGUGUGCAUAAUCAUAGGGACCCCCAAUAUACAGUGUGCAUAAUCAUAGGGACCCCCAAUAUACAGUGUGUGCAUGGUGACCCCCAAUAUACAGUGUGUGCAUAAUCAUAGGGACCCCCAAUAUACAGAGUGUGCAUAAUCAUAGGGACCCCCAAUAUACAGUGUGCAUAAUCAUAGGGAACCCCAAUAUACAGUGUGUGCAUGGUGACCCCCAAUAUACAGUGUGUGCAUGGUGACCCCAAUAUACAGUGUGUGCAUAAUCAUAGGGACCCCCAAUAUACAGUGUGUGCAUAAUCAUAUGGACCCCAAUAUACAGAGUGUGCAUGGUGACCCCCAAUAUACCGUGUGUGCAUAAUCAUAGGGACCCCCAAUAUACAGUGUGUGCAUAAUCAUAAGGACCCCCAAUAUAUAGUUUGUGCAUGGUGACCCCCAAUAUACAGUGUGUGCAUUAUCAUAGGGACCCCCAAUAUACAGAGUGUGCAUGGUGACCCCCAAUAUACCGUGUGUGCAUAAUCAUAGGGUCCCCCAAUAUACAGUGUGUGCAUGGUGACCCCCAAUAUACAGUGUGUGCAUGGUGACUCCAGUGUGCAUGGUGACCUCCAAAAUACAGUGUGCAUUAUGAUGGUGACCCCCAAUAUACAGUGUGCUUUAUUACAGGGACCCCCAAUAUACAGUGUGUAGGGUCAUUACUGGGACCCGUUAUACAGUGUGUGGGGUCAUUACUGGGGACCCAUUAUACAAUGUGUGGGGUAAUUACUGGGGACCCAUUAUACAGUGUGUGGGGUCAUUACUGGGACCCGUUAUACAGUGUGUGGGGUCAUUACUGGGGACCCAUUAUACAAUGUGUGGGGUCAUUACUGGGGACCCGUUAUACAGUGUGUGGGGUCUUUACUGGGGACCCGUUAUACAGUGCAGGGGGUCAUUACUGGGGACCCGUUAUACAAUGUGUGUGGUCAUUACUUGGGACCCUUUAUACAGUGUGUGGGGUCAUUACUGGGACCCAUUAUACAAUGUGUGGGGUCAUUACUGGGACCCUUUAUACAGUGCGUGGGGUCAUUACUGGGACCCGUUAUACAGUGCGUGGGGUCAUUACUGGGGACCCGUUAUACAGUGUGUGGGGUCAUUACUGGGACCCGUUAAUACAAUUAAUAUUAAGGUCGUUACUGGGACCGUUAUACGGUCGCGUGGAAGGAUUCAUUGCUGGGACCCGUUAUGCAGUAUUGGGGUCAUUACUGGGACCGUUAUUACGGUCGUGGGGUCGUACUGGGACCCUUUAUACGGUCGUGGGGUCGUGCUGGGACCGUUGUACGGUCGCGUGGGGUCAUUGCAGGACCGGAUUAUACGAUCGUGGGGUCGUACUGGGACCGUUAUGCAGUCGAUGGGUCGUUACUGGGGACCCGUUAUACAGUGUGUGGGGUCAUUACUGGGACCCGUUGUACAGUGCGUGGGGUCAUUACUGGGACCCGUUAUACAGUUUGUGGGGUCAUUACUGGGACCCGUUAUACAGUGUGUGGGGUCAUUACAGGGACCCGUUAUACAGUGUGUGGGGUGAUUACUGGGGACCCGUUCUACAGUGUGUGGAGUCAUUACUGGGGACCCGUUCUACAGUGUGUGGAGUCAUUACUGGGACCCGUUAUACAGUGCGUGGGGUCAUUACUGGGACCCGUUAUACAGUGCGUGGGGUCAUUACUGGGACCCGUUAUACAGUGCGUGGGGUCAUUACUGGGACCCUUUAUACUGGGACCCGUUAUACAGUGUGUGGGGUCAUUUCUGGGGACCCGUUAUACAGUGUGUGGGGUCAUUACUGGGGACCCGUUAUACAGUGUGUGGGGUCAUUACUGGGACCCGUUAUACAGUGUGUGGGGUCAUUGAGUUUCUGUCUGUGUAAGGGAAGCAUGGGGUAUUUCUGCAUGUGUGUGUGUGUGUGUGUGUGUAGGGAUUGUGUGUUUCUGCAUGUUUGUGUAAGGGAAGCGUUGUGUGUUUCUGUGUUUGUGUAGGGAUACAUUGUGUGUGUGUGUGUGUGUAGGGAUACAUUGUGCGUUUCUGUUUGUGUGUGUGUGUGUGUGUGUGUGUAUCCUUCUGAUACAAUUGAGGCAGUGUAUAAAUAAUUCACACACUGCUGGUGUGUAGUUAGUGGCCAGUCCCAUGCCUUAUUACAGGAUGUUUCUGAAAGUUUAAUGUCAGCCCUGCACUAUGAAUGUUUCAUAUUCUGCUUUACGAAAGACCUAGCCACCACCAAAUGGUGGGGGGAGGGAGCAGUGUACUAUAGUGGGGGGGGACGGUGGACAGUGUGUUAAUUUGGGGGUAGAGAGGUGGGGCAGUAUAUUAGAAUGGUGGGGGUAGGGAGCAGUGUAUUAUGGGGGAGUGUGGGCUGUGUGUUAUUUUGGGGGAGGGAGGGGCAGUAUAUUAGAGUGGUGUGAGGGGAGUCAGUGUAUUAGGUGAGGGAAGGUAGUGUGUUAAUUUGGGGGAGGGAGGGGCAGUAUAUUAGAGUGGUGUGAGGGGAGUCAGUGUAUUAGGUGAGGGAAGGUAGUGUGUUAAUUUGGGGGAGGGAGGGGCAGUAUAUUAGAGUGGUGUGAGGGGAGUCAGUGUAUUAGGUGAGGGAAGGUAGUGUGUUAAUUUGGGGGAGGGAGGGGCAGUAUAUUAGAGUGGUGUGAGGGGAGUCAGUGUAUUAGGUGAGGGAAGGUAGUGUGUUAAUUUGGGGGAGGGAGGGGCAGUAUAUUAGAGUGGUGAGGGAGUCAGUGUGUAUUAGGUGAGGGGAAGGUAGUGUGUGUUAAUGUAACUAGGGAGAGGGAGGGCAGUAUAUUAGGUGGUGGGGAGGGCAGAGUGUAUUAUGGGGGUGUGGGCUGUGUGUGUGUGGUGGGGAGAGGCGGCGGUAUAAUGUAUUAGAAUAAGGUGCCCAGGGGGAGGGAGCAGGUGUAUUAUGGGGGUGUGGGCUGUGUGUUAAUGUAGCACUGGGGGAGAGAGGGCAGUAUAAUAUUAGAGUGGUGUGAGGAGUAGCGGUAUAAUGGGUGGGGAAAUUGGUAUGGCCCAUGCUGGGGGAGGGAGGCAGUAUAACCAAGUGGUGGGGGAGGGAGCAGUGUAUUAGGUGAGGGAAGGUAGUGUGGGGAGGAGGGCAGUGACAUAUUAGAGUGGGUGGGGGGAGAGGCAGUGUAGGUGAGGGUACUUGGUGUGUUUAGCUAGCCAGGGAGAGGGAGGGCAGUAUAAUGUGGUGGUAGGGGGGAGGGGAGCAGCAGUGUAGGUGAGGGAAGGUAGUGUGUUAUUAUGUGGGGGAGAGGAGGGAGGCAGUAUUAUAUUAGAGUGGUGGGGGAGAGCAGUGUAUUAGGUGAGGGAGGUAGUGUGUUAAUGUGGGAGGGAGGAGGCAGUACUUAUAUUAGAGUGGUGGGGGGAGGCAGUGUAUUAGGUGAGGGGAAGGUAGUGGGGCAGUAUAUUAGAAUGGUGGGGGGAGGGAGCAGUGUAUUAUGGGGGAGUGUGGGCUGUGUGUUAAUUUGGGGGAGGGAGGGGCAGUAUAUUAGAGUGGUGUGAGGGGAGUCAGUGUAUUAGGUGAGGGAAGGUAGUGUGUUAAUUUGGGGGAGGGAGGGGCAGUAUAUUAGAGUGGUGGGAGGAGAGGCAGUGUAUUAGGGGGGAGUGUGGGCUGUGUGUUAAUUUGGGCGUAGGGAGGGGGGAGUGUGUUAAACUGGGCAAAGGCAGUGGGAGUUCAGUGUAUUAAAUUAGGGGAGGGAGAAGUGUAUUAGAGUGGUGGGAGGGAGAGGAGGCAAUGUAUUAAAUGUGAGUGGUGGGAGGGGGCAGUGUAGAGUGGGCCGCGGGAUACUGUGUAUUAGAGUGGGGGGCGCAGUAAGUAACGAAGUUAAAGGGACACUAUAUUCACCAGAACAACUACGGCUUAUUGAAUUUGUUCUGGUGAGUAGAAUCAUUACCUUCAGGCUUUUUGCUGUAAACACUGUCUUUUCAGAGAAAAUGUAGUGUUUACAUUACAGCCUAGUGAUAACAUCACUGGCCACUCCUCAGAUGGCUGGUAGAGAUCCUUCCUGGGUCAUGACUGCCUAAAAUGCAUCCAAACAUUCAGUAUAUCCUCCCUCUGCAUGCAGACACUGAACUUUCCUCAUAGAGAUUCAUUGAUUCAAUGUAUCUCUAUGAGGAGAUGCUGAUUGGCCAGGGCUGUGUUAGAAUCAUGCUGGAUCUGCCUCUUUGUCAGUCUCAGCCAAUCCUAUGGGGAAGCAUUGUGAUUGGAUCAGGCUACCACUUCUGAUGAUGUCAGCAGACUGGUUGUUUUUCUGAGUCUAACAGCAUGCAGAGUUACAGCUUCAGGCUUGAAUACAAUAAGAUUUUUACUAUAUUUAUGGAGGCAUGAAGGGCUCUGGGGGGCUAGAUGGUGGUGUUAACACUAUAGGCUCAGGAAUACAUGUUUGUGUUCCUGACCCUAUAGUGAUCUUUUUGAGUAAAUUAUAUAUCUGUUCCCAGGAUUACAAAUUGUUUGCAUGCGAAUGAUACAGGUAAUUUUAGUUUGUGUUAGUCUGGGUCAAACUGUUUUUUUUGUUAUUUGUUUUUUUGCGGCCAACAUAAACUUAAACCUUGUUUAUUUGGUCUGUGUUAGCCUUUGAGUUUGACAUGCUUGCUGUACAUUAAGCUGUAGUUGUUCAGGUGAUUAUCAUUUCCCUUUAGGUACAAAGUGGAAGGAUUUUGAUUGUACUGUGCCCACUACUUCGUAUCCCUAGAUUUGUGAUUCUAACCUAAAUUUAAGUAGUAACAUAUCCAUAGCAGGGGAGCUUCUAAGGGGAGGAGGGGUGAUUGAAAUCCCUGAUAUGUUCUUUCUCUUCAGCUCCUGCUAGUUGAAGCCACUGGGGCCACAUGUGUAAAUGUACAACUCAAAGAUCCAAUGGAUGGGUCCCAAUACACAUAUAGAAACUGAACCGCUAUCUUUUUGUCUCUUUUUGGACCAUUGAAUGUAGAUUGUAAGCUCUUUUGAGCAAGGACCUCUUGUUGUUGUUAAUUAUCCCCAUUUUAUAAUUGUAAGGUGCUGCCGUAUAUGUUGACGCUAUAUAAAUAAUAAUAAUAAUGUAUGUUUAACAUUUCUUGUUCUCUUUUGUGUGUAGUUCCUGGAGGUACGACUGUCCUUUUAGAGAUCAGUGCCGACAUCCACAUCUGUGGCCUCUGCAAGCAGCAGUUUAACAAUUUGGAUGCAUUUGUUGCUCACAAACAACGUGGCUGUCAGCUCUCCAAUGCAGCCACGGGAGCCGCCAGCAGUGUUCAAUUUGUCUCCGAGGACACCCCACCACCAGUAUCCACCGUUAAUCGAACCAUUACAUCAGAGACUCAGACCAUCACCGGUAAAUCUGGUCUCCCAUUUACAGCUUUGCACCGAGACAAACUUUUAAAUAAACUAACCAAUAAAUUGAAAGAUUCCGAGGAAGGAUUUGGUUGGCAUUACAUGGAAUGGUGACCCAGCUGAAGUGGUAGAGGUUGAUCUGUACUUUCCUUUUUCUGUUCUCUAGUCUCUGCUCCAGAAUUUGUUUUCGAGCACGGAUAUCAAACCUUUUUGCCGAGUGAAGGUUCAGAGGCUCAGGGUACGAGCGCAGUCACAAUAGCUACAAAAUGUCAUUCCCGGAAGAUCCCCGUCCCACGCUCGCAGAGGAAGCAGAGCUGCAGCUACGAAGGUGAAGGAAGGGGAAUACAUGGUUAACUUAUCUUUUUCUUUUGUUUGUUUGUUUUUUCUCCACAAGGUAUUUUUUACUUUUAAUUAUAAAUUCAAAUAAAAUAAAAAAAUUUAAAUAAUCAGCACGUGUCCCCGACAAUGGGCCGACGUUGUCAGAGACGAUUCCAUCUGCAGGAGACCUCUUACAGCCACAGUAGUGAAAUACUCGAUCUUAUAGGAAAUGUGGACAAGAUAAUCGGUUGCUGUUCUCUCUAUUGAUCGGCACCUAAAAUUAAUCUGCUAAUUGCAGAAGUGAGGAUUUUCUUUUUUUUUUGGACUAUUUAUUUAUUUAAAUUUUUCUGUGGCCCACGCACACCUGUAUGAUUUAACAGAAAACCAUUGAAGCUGCCUUAAAAUGACUUGUACCUCGACGUGCAAAGCCACAUAUAUGGUCGAAUGGUGUGUUUAUUAAUUCAUUUAUUCUAGUGAAGCAGAACUAGAUUAAAAUAGCUACUAAGUUAGAUAAGAAGCUGCAUAUCUUUCUUGUUUUAGCUAUGCAUGAAUAGUACCUAACUUAAUUGUUAAGUUCAUUUUUUUGGGGGGGGAGGGAGAUGCCAUCUGAGAAAAUAUCUUUGAUGUAUAUUAAUUUCCUGUUGUGUUAUUCUCUAGAGCAGCGGUUCCCAAACUGACGUGCACACAUGGGUUCCGGGGAAACAUUACUGAUCAACAGGGACCUGGUCGAGUGCCGCGGUCCUUUAAGGCAGCGACCGGGCCCCUGUAAUGUCCGCCGGCAGGGAGGAAGUGACAGCCUGUGUGUAUGUGUCGGUGUAUUUAUAUGCAUCUGUGUGUUAAUGUGCAUGAAUAUCUGUGUAAGUAUGUAUGUAUGUGCAUACAUCCAAGCAGUCAAACACCAGCACAACAUACAAGCACACUCUUGCAAUCGAACUCAAAUACUACAUACAAACACACCCCUUCACUCAAACACAAAUACUUCACAAAAAUGUACAUCUGCAUUUAAAAGUGAACAUUACAUUCAGACACACCGCUGCAAUCAAACGCAAACAUCACAUACAAACACACCCCUGUAUUAAAACACAAUAACUGUAUACAAGCACCCCUUCAAACAUCAACACUGUACAUUAAACUAUAGCGCCAGUAAAUGCCGCAGCGCUGUACAGAUAUACAACCGAGAAAUUUUGACUUGGGGUGCCUUGGAAAACUACUGAAAUAUUAAGGGCGCCUUGAACCUAAAAAGUUUGGGAACCACUGAGCUAGAGCAUAAUUUCUUAACCCACUGGGUCAGGACCCUUAACUAGGAUCUCAAUGUAUUUUAGUGGGUUCCUCCCUUUGAUUGAAACAUUCCUCAGACGCCAGGUACCUCCCCAUUGGACUGUUUACUGUAGUUUUUCCCAGUACGGUAGCGAAAGCUCUGAUACUGGAAAGAGUUUAAUGAAGGUAUUUUGCUGAAUUUACCUCCGUAUAUCAUAUCUGUUAUUGUAGAAUGGGUCGCUGGGGUUAUAUUCUAAUGAAGAAUGCCAAGAUAAAUCAGGGAUUCUACAGAAAGACUGAUUCUUUCCACCUAAAAUGACACAAACGAGAUCUUAAAUUAUUUUCACAAAAUUGUCUUCAGCAGCUGGCAUGCAAAUGCAAAGGCUUCAUUUUUACUUUCUGCUUUAGAACAAUUGGAAAAAGAAAUAAAAUGAUUUUUGUUUUUCUGCUAGGUUGUCCCUUCAAGACUGCGUACGGCAUGAAAGACAUGGAGCGCCAUCUAAGGACGCACACAGGUAACUUUGCGUUUAGAUACAAUGUAUUUUGUUCACUUCCACAUGGACUGUUUGUGUUAGACUCCAGCAUAAUCCUGUGUCUUUUUUGUUUUGUUUUUCCCAAACUGCUCACACAUAUUCUUCAUAAACCUUCUAUAUGUUCAGGUGACAAACCUCACAAGUGUGAGACGUGUGGGAAGUGUUUCAGCCGGAAAGACAAGCUAAAGACACACAUGCGAUCUCACACAGGAGAAAAACCAUACAAGUGUAAAGAAUGCGACUACUGUGCAGCCGACAGCAGCAGUCUGUGUAAGCACCAGCGCAUCCACACCAACGAACGUCCUUUCAAGUGUCAGAUCUGCCCCUACGCGAGCCGGAACUCCAGCCAGCUUACAGUGCACCUGCGCUCCCACACAGGUAAGUCCUGCCAGUCCCAUUCUCUGCACCAGAGGGUUAGAGUUGAUUAUCAUAACUUUCUCCGUUUUUGCAUCUCUGAGUGUAAAUAGAGUAUCCAUUCAGUAAUGGACCGAACGGUCUUAUGAGAUCUUACAUUUUUUGAGGCCCCUGUUGCGAAUUGUAGCUGUUGGGCUAAAACGCCCAUCACGGUCAACCUAUGCUCCUCUGCAUGUUUUAGGAGCUGCCUUGUAGUAGCUGGAGUCGGACGGCUACAUUUGGACACAUCUGUAACUGUCCAGCUAUUGCGGUCUGUGACUGUCCAGCUACUGCUAUCUGUAACUGUCUAGCUAUUGCUAACUGUAACUGUCCAGCUAUUGCAAUCUGUAACUGUCCAGCUAUUGCAAUCUGUAACUGUCCAGCUAUUGCAGUCUGUGACUGUCCAGCUAUUGCAGUCUGUGACUGUCCAGCUAUUUGCUAUCUGUGACUGUCCAGCUAUUGCUGCCUGUGACUGUCCAGCUAUUGCUGCCUGUGACUGUCCAACUGUUGCUGCCUGUGACUGUCCAGCUAUUGCUGUCUGUGACUGUCCAGCUAUUGCUGUCUGUGACUGUCCAGCUAUUGCUGCCUGUGACUGUCCAGCUAUUGCUGCCUGUGACUGUCCAGCUAUUGCUGCCUGUGACUGUCCAGCUAUUGCUGCCUGUGACUGUCCAGCUAUUGCUAUCUGUGACUAUCCAGCUAUUGCCGCCUGUGACUGUCCAGCUGUUGCCGUCUGUGACUGUCCAGCUGUUGCCGCCUGUGACUGUCCAGCUGUUGCCGCCUGUGACUGUCCAGCUGUUGCCGCCUGUGACUGUCCAGCUGUUGCCGCCUGUGACUGUCCAGCUGUUGCCGCCUGUGACUGUCCAGCUGUUGCCGUCUGUGACUGUCCAGCUAUUGCCAUCUGUGGCUGUCCAGCUAUUUGUGUCCCAUUAUUCUCUGCAACCUAAUCAAAAGUGAAAUUUAUCCAGGUUAUUGUUGCUAAUGUAGAAUGUACUGGAGUUUGUUGCAAAGCUCUUACUACGCAGCCAUGACCUUGUUUUGGGAGGCCUAACAUAAACAUUUUGAGUUCUGCACAAUAAAAACCCCACACAUUGUUUGUUAAACUGCUAUUAAAUAGCCGGGCGAUAGUGAGUCUCCAAAGGGAGUCGCUUCAACAAAUUGCUGCUUUACUUUCUUCCUCUAACCCGUGUGAAGAGGUCAAUAAUCAAGACUCACGAUUUCCACCUGCCCACCAGCCGUUGGUUAGUGCGCCAUGGACCACCGUUCCCACUCCGUCGCUGAUUAUUUCAUCCUCUGUUUCAAAGCAGCAAUGUUACAGAUGAGCUACAGGCUUAUAUGAGAGAGACAUUGAGAAAGACUUAUUUAGAAUUGAAACGGGUCUGUUCUCUGCUUACAGGACUACAUACUUUCCCAUACGGAAUUUUUAAAAUAUAUUGUUUUUAUACUUGUCCUUUUGCCAAUAAAUCUAUUUUAUCGAUUCCUUUUGCUGCUGAAGUCAGUCCUAUUGCAGACCCUACAUUGUGAGCUAUCCACAGGUUUUCUCCACUUACCCUAAGGGCACCAUUGGGCCUUUUUUACAGAGCCUGGCUCUGGCUCUGUAAUCUGUGAGUGCAACCAUUGUUUAAUACAGUACUUUUCUUUGUACAUACAGUGUACACUAUGUGUUACAUAUGUUUGUUUCCAUAGGCUUUACAUCUGCAAUUGUCCAGAACUUGCAAUAUUUUGGCUUAGAAGUAUUUUUAGUUAUUUAAGACACACAUUAGGGUGUAUGUUACAUUGUGAUUCAUUACUCUGGGCUUUUUUAUGUUAUAUGAGAGGGAGAUCACAAGUAAGGGCUCAAUUUAAUAUCUUUGGUAAGAUUGGAAACUGAUUUUGAUACUGAAUGCUCUGUGAUUGCAUGUGCUGCUUCCCUGUCCAUACCUGGAGCUCUGCCAUUGUAGGAGAAUUGUGGUGACUGGUAACUUUUAGACCUGUCUUUGUAGCAUAGGAAUUAGAUUUUGAAGCUUGCAAUAACUGCACAGGGGCCAAGCAAUUUGCGACUCUCAGCUGCCUCACUGCAAGGGUUAAGUUGCUAUGGUUAUGCUGCAUAAUAAGGGCUAUAGGAUCUCUUUGACUUUGACUGUCAGACUCCAAAGAGAUUAUAUUUAUGUAAAUUUCUUUCCUAUAAUAAAAACCAAAGAAAAGAAAGUUACCUGCGCUCUCUCCUUAAUCCCUAUGUAUAUUUAAACAAAUGGAGGUCAUUUAGUUGCUCCAAUGGCCAUUGUCUCAUUAGAGAUAUCUUUGCCAGAAGCUCAAGGAAGCAGGCUGAAGGGUCAGUGUUAGGACCCGCUUUAGGGGGGUCUGCCUUGACGUGGGAAGGCGGGCAUUCCCUCCAAUGGCCAUUGGAGCAACUAAAUGACCUCCAUUUUGUCUAAAUAUACAUAGGGAUUAAGGAGAGAGCGCAGGUAACUUUUUUUUUUCUUUGGUUUUUACUAUAAAUUGGGGCUGAUGUGUACUGUAGUCAUUGCUGCUGGCCCAGUAGUGAUGGGAGUGAGCGCAGGACUCAUCUUUUUGUAUUUCUUUCUUUCCUAUAAUGUUUUGUCCUCUUGAGUGCUAUUAAGCACCAGAUGAACCAUCGUGGGAAGAAAUUGCAGUUAUAACUUGAUAUUAUUUACCAUAUCCUGAUACCUUUUACCAAAUACGCGCCUUGGGACUGUGGGGCUUAUAUAUCACGGCAAAAAAAAAAAAAAAUUCAAUCUGUUAAAUCUAAAGUCCCCCUGAUGUCUAAAUUCUCAGCAAUUAGAAGUUUAGCCAUAGUCAGUUUCACUUACAAAAAGUUCUGUUGCGUGCACUUUGUUGCCAGCAGGUGGCACUGUGCUGACUGGCUAAAGGAUCUAAAUAGCCUGGAUGAGUGAUAACGAGCAGAUAGACAUUGGAUACUGUCAGCAUUUCUUAAUUAUUUUUUCCCCCUAUAAUUUCAAAUCUGACAUUUGUGAAGUGAGACUAACAAAUGGGAAUGGGGGUCGGGGUACUGGAUGCUCACAUUUUCUAAGUAAUGUAUUAAAAAUCCACAGCAUUAUCAGGUGUCCUGCCUGCUGUUUGCGUUACCCUGACUAGGACGUGUCUGACACCUCAACGUCUAUCUUUAUUUUCCUACUUGUUUUCUUCGAAAGUGCUGAGCAUAGUCUCGGUGCUUCGGCUUCGAUCUGGGCAUUUGAAUGUCACUGUUAUAUAAACUAGGACGCGUGUGACCCUGUGAAAAUAAGUCAAACUGACACUGUGAAAUGGCAGGGUUUCAGCACAAUCCGCUCUUUAAAAUAACGUAAAUCGGAUAAUCAAUAAUGAUUAUAGUGUGGUCCUCCUUUUUUGUAUUGUUCUUUAAUUUGUUUGUGCAUAGGGUUAGUAUCUGUGUGGAUCCUAAACAUACAGACCUAUUACAUCACAAAGAGGCUUUCUGUGUAGCGGUCCUUAUAGUGGCCGGACUAACGUAGAGGAUAAACGACUAAACAAACCAAGGUCAAAAGAGUACAGAGAACAGGAGAAACGUAUGAACAGGAAAAAUCAGAUACCAGGAAAAGGAUACGCGAGUUUUAGUCUUAAAUUAGAGAGGCAAAGGUUUAAAAAUAAUAUCAGGAAGUAUUACUUUACUGAGAGGGUAGUGGAUGCAUGGAAUAGCCUUCCAGCUGAAGUGGUAGAGGUUAACACAGUAAAGGAGUUUAAGCAUGCGUGGGAUAGGCAUAAGGCUAUCCUAACUAUAAGAUAAGGCCAGGGACUAAUGAAAGUAUUUUAACAUAUUGGGCAGACUAGAUGGGCCGAAUGGUUCUUAUCUGCUGUCACAUUCUAUGUUUUUAUGUUAAUUAUGCACUAAAUUCGGUCCAGCGAAAUCGCCAUUUGGACCCAAAUUCAGUUACCCAUAAAACCCGCACCGUGCGAGUCUGCAGCAUCGCAGAGAAUGCCGGGGGACCCAGGUAAGGCAGACACAACCCUGACAGAGUGUGCAUUUAACUUAAAAAUAACAAAUGCUGAUGGAGAGCUCGAUAUGCUUACUAAGGAUUUUAGUUCCACUAAGUGUGAUAUUUCUGUGCGCAAGUUACAUCUUUAUUUACAAAGGUCAAAAAUUCAUGAUAUGAGCAGAAUACAUAGAAAGUAAAAAUCUGUUUUUGGUUGUUUUUAUUUUUUUCUUCCUGUUUUUGUUUUGUUUUUUUCAAUAUAAUGCGAGGCAACAAAUUGCUCUCCUACUGCUAUUUUAAUUAAAAUACUCUUAACGUACUGCAGAGAUUGUAUAAACUGAGUGCUGAAAUCAUUUUGGAAACUGCGUUUCAUGCUGCGAGGUUAAGAUUAUAUUGUGCUGAAAAAAUGAAGAAUGUGUAAACUGAAGUGACUUCCUGCCAGAAUCGCUCUGUAAUUCCACGUUCGUGAAGGCUGAAUGUGUUCAUUGCAGUUAUGGUUUCCUGUUUUAUCUUCUAUAUUUCCUUCUUUAACGUUAUUCAGUCUAUUAAUAGGUGUCUAUUCUGUGCCCUCUGUAGUUGACGCAUUGUGGUUUUUUUCGGUUUCGUGGUCUUUGCGCAGUGCUGCUCACUGCCUCCGAUUUAUAGCUAAAUCCAUUUACAUUUCUAAAUAUGUGUAUCUAACUUUACUGAGCAGACUUUCUCAUCUCAUUCUGCUGACCGAUAAGAAAUAAAGGUUAUUCUUUAAAUUGUGGCAAGACAAAAAAAAAAUAAUAGCAUAUUUUAGAUCUAAAUUACAAAAAAAAAAGUCAGCAUGGACGUUAUAAUGUAAUAAAUAAUGGAUAAUACGUGUAUACAGAAUAAUAUAUAUAUUACAUACUUCUCCUCGUUCCUUCUCCACAUAUUAAUGCACUUUCACAUUCCCUUAUUUCUCUUUUCCUCACCUUUAGAUACGUUUCCUGUCUCUUUUCACGUACCUUCUUCACUUCUUUUUAACAGUCAUUUAUUGAUUUAUUCUUUUGCAAUCCUUGUAGUCUUUCAUCUUUUUAUUCCUAUAGUUUUCUACACCAUUUUUAUAUAUCUCAUUUUUCUACAAACUCGCAAUACUAGGAACGUGUAUGAUAAUUCAGAUUGUCAGUAUUAAUUCAUUGUAAAUAGGAGGAAAGAGAAAGGGGUUUAGAAGGACCUGAGGUAGCCAGCAAUCCCCCUGUUUGUGUCUCCUGAAUUUAGUGACGAGGUUCUUCGUAGUGUAACCAUAUAGAAAUUGCAUUGUUCUACUUUGUCUCAGUGUAUCUUUAAUGUUGCCGGAUCGCCAUUCCAUUGGGCUCUUUGCCCCAUAUUCUAUGUGCCACAAUAACUCUGACUGUUGGAAUGUCAAGUGUUAUGAUACCUUUAUGCUUUUCAAUUGGUAAUGAGUGAUGGAUCCACUUUUUCCAUCCUUGUUUGUCUAUUAAUUUCUAGCUCUGAUAAUUAUAUAAUCUGCAUGUUUAACUUUUACUUUAACACUUUAUCAUUUUUAUUCCAGGCGAUGCACCUUUCCAAUGUAUCCUCUGUAACGCCAAGUUCAAAAUCAACUCUGAUUUGAAGAGGCAUAUGCGCGUCCAUACUGGGGAAAAGCCCUACAGAUGUGACUUUUGUGACUUUUUCUGUGCCAUGAAAGGGAAUUUGAAAUCCCACAUAAAGAUGAAACACAAUGCUGACACCACUUAUAAGUGUGCGGAGUGCGAUUUCCAGUGUGGGAGUAAAGCCGAUUUGCGACAGCAUUUACGAUCCCAUCUACCGGAACAGCCAGUGAAGUGUCCGGAAUGCACCUACUCUUGUGCUAACAAGGCCGCUCUGAAAGUCCACGAAAGAAUUCACUCCAAGGAUCGCCCCUUCAAAUGCCAUUUCUGUCGUUUUGAUACAAAGCAGCGAAGCAACCUGACCACACACAUCAAAAAAUGUCACAAUGAAGAAGUAAAAUCUAAGAAGGUCGAUUUGUCCAAGAGAGAAGAAGGCCUACCACGGCCAUAUAAGCCGCGCAAGAGUAAUAAAGUAGAAGCAAAAAAAGCUUUUAAAUGCGAUCUUUGUGACGCAUCCUUUGUUAGAGAAGACUCUCUCCGGAGUCAUAAGAAACAACACAACACAUUUAUACUCCAGAAGCCAUCAGAAAUCUCUGUGGUUCAGAUUCCAACGGAAGGUCCAAGGCAAGCCAAUAACAGACAGCUCAAGGUUCCUCUUAGGGACACUGAAGUUUUGCCAUUCAGUGACCAAAGAGUAAAAAUUAUGGUUCAAGGGUCAGAAAAGAACGAUGUAGAGACUUCACCUGUAUCUUGUAACAUGAUCGCAAACCUUUCAAAGCAUGUUGCCAGCAACCAACUUGAGAUGUUGAGUCAGGUCAACUUAAUGGCAUCGCCACAAGCAAUGAGAUCUCCGGGGCCCACUCCUCACACAGUUCUCCCUAGUACUCCUGAUCACAAUUGCAGUACUGAUCUACAUGAGGAGAUCAUAUCUAAUGGAACUGUGGAUGGUCAGGAUUCUCCGGACCAUGUAACAUUCAUCUCCAGCACAGGCAUGACAUGCACGGACUUUGAAGCUAUAAUCCAAGAGGAGACCACAGAAGUGACUGUAAUUAGUGAAGAUGGGGACACUGGCGGAGAGUCUGCACAAUCUUCUCCAAUCUUUUCAUCGUCCCCUCAACCUGAUGCAUCAAAGCAAAAUUACAACCUUGACCAGAGUGAAGCAGAUUCUGCUAUUCUGUGUCCAGCAGACUGUAUUCCAGACUGACCUUAUUGGACAAUUGAGCCUGUUAAAAAUGAUUAUGGAUAAAACCAAUAUGGCAGACACUUUCUGGGUUUCAAAGCCACUGCACAGCCCGUUACCUCCUAGUAAUGGGCCCUGUUAAAGUGUAGUCUGUCGAAAAAGCCAAGCACUUUAUUACUUAUAUACUUUGACAUUUAGAAUUUGUGAAAAAUGGUCUUGUAACUUAUAUGUUAAUUAUAAGUUUUUGGUUGUUUAAAGCACUUUGCUGUUGACAGAAAAUUUAAAGUGACUGCUUUCAAUAUAAGCUGUUUUUUUUUUUUUUUUUUUUUAAAUCUAAAAGCUCUUAUUUGCCUCAACAUACAGCAGUGUUUUGUUUUUGGUUAAAAAAGAAAAGUUAUAUUAUAUACAAAAUAGUCAACGCAUGUUCUUUCUGGGUACCCUUUUAUGAGGAUCACGCAAGUUAGG